CAGUUCAGUUAAUAAUCACUCUCUCUCUCUCUCAACCUCAACCUCAACCUGAAGCUGAAGCUGGCCUACAUUUGUUUCCGUUGUUCGCCAUCUUUGUAUUUCUUGUGUCUGUACUGAGCCGUGUCGAAGUUGAAUGCUCCGUAGUAGUAGUCAGUCAUGGCCGAGCUUUCUCCUGAAGUACCUGUCCAUGUUCUCGUCGUCGACGACUGCUUGGUUGACCGCAAAAUCGUUGACAAGCUCCUCAAAGCAUCCGCCUUUAAAGUUACUACUGUAGAAAGUGGGAAAAAAGCGCUAGAGGUUCUUGGAAUGGAAGAAGAGAAGCUUGACAAGCCAAGUGUUAAAGAUCAUGAUGUUAACAUAAUCCUCACUGACUAUUGUAUGCCUGAGAUGAAUGGCCAUGAUCUUCUAGUUGCUCUAAAGGAGGACAGCCGCAUGAAAUCAAUUCCAGUGGUCAUAAUGUCUUCUGAAUUUAAUCCACAGAGAAUCAGCAGGUGUCUCACAGAUGGUGCUCAAGAAUUCUUGCAGAAACCUCUGAAAGUGAAAGACUUGGAGAAGUUACGAAGCUAUGUAAAGCCAGCAGUUCCAGUACCCAAAGUAGGAACAAAACGAAAAGCUCUAGUUGAUCUGAUGCCAGAAAGUAAUGAAGCAGAAAGGCGGCCUUGCCCUGCUGGAGUUGCUGUUGCAUAAUCUAAUAUCAGUAUUCCUGCAAUGGGAGAUCUCCAAAUGCAGCUAGCUGGUUCCCAUGAGUAAUUUUCAGGGCUGUCUCUGUUUAUAGGUUGGGGUUUUUAGCUAGAUGAUCUCUUCUUCUUCUUUUUUGUUGGUGUUUGGUGAUGUGAGUUUUGUUGUAGAAAUGUGCUUCUGCGAUGAUUGUACCAUAGAGCCUUCCAUUUGAAGUUUGAAUGAAUAUACUUGACGAAUGACUCCACUUGCUUGUUCCUAUUCUAUCAGACUUUGUUCUUGAUACCCAAAUUUGAAUGAAGUACUUGUCUAAAUC